AUGCAUAUCAUCAAGCCCAUCUGGCUCACACAUGGGGGGGAAAAGAAGGACUUUGAAGUCUACAGCUGCCAUGUGUCUCCGGACGGACAACGCUUGGUUACAGCGGCCGGUGAUGGCUACGUGCGAAUAUGGUCUACGGAAGCCAUCUAUAACGCCGCAAAUGCAAAGUACGACAAGCCCAGACAGUUGGCCUCUAUGAGCUAUCACUCUGGCACCAUCCACACCGUUCGCUUCUCCCCCGGAGGGAAGUUCCUUGCCUCAGGGGCCGAUGACAAGAUUGUUUGCAUAUACACACAUGACCCCAGUCCACCGAGCCACGCCACAUUCGGUUCAAACGAGGCUCCCCCGGUUGAAAACUGGCGCAUUUUUCGCAGGCUGAUCGGGCACGACAACGACGUACAGGAUCUGGGCUGGUCAUACGACGGAACGAUCUUGGUCUCGGUCGGUCUGGAUUCCAAGGUCGUGGUCUGGUCGGGCUAUACCUUUGAGAAGCUCAAAACGUUGUCCAACCACUCGAGCCAUGUCAAAGGCAUCACUUUUGAUCCGGCCAACAAGUACUUUGCAACUGCGAGCGACGACCGAACAAUUCGAAUCUUCCGCUUCACCUCCCCUACUCAAAACUAUACCAGCCACGACGCAGUUAACAACUUCAUUCUCGAGCAGACAAUUACUCAACCCUUUGUGAAUUCUCCGCUUACAACAUAUUUUCGCAGGUGCUCUUGGGCGCCAGACGGACAGCAUAUUGCCGCCUCCAAUGCGGUCAACGGGCCAGUCAGUGCGAUCGCCAUCAUUAAUCGCGGAACCUGGGAUGGCGAUACCACAUUGAUUGGGCACGAGGGGCCUGUUGAAGUUUGCGCUUUCUCGCCGAGAUUAUAUGGCUCGGAGCCGGUCAAUCGACUCGCCCCUGAAGGGCAUGUCCCCGCUCAUACAACAGUUAUCGCUUGUGGAGGUGCGGACAAAUGCCUAAGCAUCUGGACGACGAACAAUCCACGGCCUCUAGUUGUGCAGCAGGACGUUGCCGGGAAACCCAUCUCUGAUCUAGCAUGGAGCCCAGACGGACAGGCAUUAUUUGCAACAGCUUUGGACGGCACGAUCUUGACCGUCAUGUUCGAGUCGGGUGAGUUAGGCUAUCCAAGACCCAUUGAAGAGAACGACCGGUCACUUAGUAAGUUCGGAACUUCGAGGAAGGGUCUCGGAUUCCCUGAGACGACUGAGGCCCUGCGCUUGGAAGAAUUGAGUAAGGCGGGCGAGUUGAAGGGCGUUGAAGGCAGGAUGGGCGCUCUCAUGGGUGACUCGCAGUCUGCCCACGCCGCCCCAGUGAAUGCAGCUGCAUCAACGAAUGGGGCAACAACGACAGAAACUUUGCAGAACGGGACCGAGAACCGAUUGAAUGGGCACGCAGCUGCAAAGGCACAAGACGAUCUGAACCAGGCGAAACUUGAACGCCUCAAGAAUAGGGUCGAAAUCACCAAAGAUGGCAAGAAGCGUAUCCGACCCUUGUUGGUGUCCGGCGCAGGCGGCGCCGAAUCUUCUCUGCCCCAAACAAAGCUCGUCAGUGCCAGUGCCAAUGUUCAAGCCGUCGAUGCUCCGCAGACAGUCCUCGAUCUCUCCAAGCCGUUCGACGGUCUUCCUAAGGGCGGUAUAGCAUCUUUACUGCUGGGGAACAAGAGGAAAUAUGCACAGCUAGAAGGCGAGGAGGAUGGAACUACAGAGAAACGAGUGCUCGCCGCGAGUCAAAAGGGAGCUGUUCCCAUUCUCGCCAAUACACCCGAGGGGCUACUCCCAGCACAGCACCAGCUACCUUCCAGCGGACAGGAAGUCACCCCUGAGUGGAUCCGGCCUGCCGUUAUCAACCCGGCAAUCAGUAUGAGCCAGCUGCGACUUGCAGUACCGAAAAUCCGCGCACAUAUCGUGCAAGGCAUCGAUUCCGCAGGGAAGCCAGCCGAGGUUUUGAAGGAUGCUGCCAGCAAAUCGAGGGCCGAAUUUGUAUUCGAAGCUCGCAAUCCUUCGGGUCCAUCUUUGACACCGCGAGCGCAAGAUCGUGAACCGUGUCGGAUCACAUUAACGAGGAAGGACCAGCCUCUAUGGCAGGAUUUCCUGCCUCGUCCUGUCCUCCUGGUGACAGGGAAUCAUAAAUUCUGGGCGGCGGCGGACGAGGCUGGAUCAAUAUACCUCUGGACGCCGCACGGCCGACGGCUCAACAGCGCCAUCGUCAUGGAAGCCCAGCCAGUGAUUCUCGCGGCUAACGAGUCCUGGCUGCUGUGUAUCACCAGCGUGGGCAUGUGUUAUGUUUGGAACGUUAAGACUAUGUCGUCGCCCCAUCCGCCCGUGUCACUGGCCCCUGUUCUCGACACAGCGCUGCAUUCUCUUGCGGCGCAUCCGACCGGUGCCCCAGCCAUCACGCACGCUCGCCUGAAUUCUGAGGGCCGUAUCGUUGUCACCCUGUCGAACGGCGAAGGCUUCGCCUACUCGCCCCAGAUGUACUGCUGGCAACGCUUAUCCGAGGUCUGGUGGGCAGUGGGCAGUCAAUACUGGAACACGACCGAUUCUUCGGUGGGUAACAUCCAGUCGUCGAAGGGUCAGACUGGAAACAACGCCGAAAAGUCUGUCGACGUGUCGUCCGGCAUCAUUCCGUGGUUGGAGAGGAACACUACGUCUGAGACCCUCUUGCGUGGUCGUGCCUAUUUCUUACAACGGCUCGUCAAGGUCCUGCUGUCGCGCGAGGGAUUUGAGAGUUUUGAAUCCGGCGUGUCCAUUGCCCACCUGGAGAACCGUAUUGCGGCGUCCCUCAUGCUUGGUGCCAAAGACGAGUUCAGGAUCUAUUUGCUCAUGUACGUGAAGAGACUCGGCGCUGAAGGGCUACGGUUGAAAGUGGAGGAGCUGUUGCGCACUCUGGUGGGUGGAAUCGUCGAGGAACCGCAACCAGACCGACCAGGUGAAAGCGGCAAAAUCCUGGCCCCGAAUGCGGUCGAAGGCCGCAAUUGGCAGGAAGAGUCAACGACGAUCUGCGGGUGGCCUAGAGAAGAACUUCUCAAAGACGUCGUCUUGCUACUCGGGAAACAUCGCGAUCUGCAGCGAAUCACGGUGCCGUAUGCGAGAAUGCUCCAUCUGGUCGAUGUCGACGAGACGGGCAACGAUCCGGAUCCGGAUCGGGACGACAUGGCGCUCGAAAAGUGA